AUGAGGCGCUUGUUCGCCGUACACAGCCCUUUGAGCUGCAUUGACUCGCUCAUUGCGCACACAGGACGUGCCGACCCUCCCGCCGCCGCACCACUUACUCAACGCGACCUUUCGCCCCUCCUCGCCGACCAGUCCCCCUCCACCUCCUCCUCCGACGUCCUCGUCCAGCAGCUCGUCACCAAGUGCUCUUCAAUCCCGCCAGAGAAGUUGGUCGAGUACCUCGUCAAUGCCGGCUCGGCACAUGUCGACAAAGCAGCAAAAGCGACCACCGAGGCUGAGACGCACUUGCGCUCCCUCCUUCUCCUCGACCGCCUCGCUCAGUCCGCCCUUCCUCCGCCUUCUCUCAAGCGCUGGAAGGCCUUUCUCAGCGAGCAGUCGACCGUCCCAGACGACAACUUGACGCAGGCCGCGUUGAAGGAGGACUGGAGGGACGAGGCGCAGAAGGGCGAGAACGUGUAUGCGGAGUUGCUGGGGCGCGUCAAGGCAAUCGUCAAAGAUCACACGCCAUGGGAUAAUCUUGAGGACGUGCCGUGGGAGGGAGUGCGCUGGUCGUUGACGGCCAACUUCGCCCGCUCCGUUCUCUCGCUCUUCGCCGUGAUCUGCAACCUCGGACCGCAAGACGUUGUCAAGGAGCCUCGCCCGCCGCAUCACCUCAUCGAGUCGCGGCUGGCCGCGGUCGUCAAGCGUGCCAAGGGGACGUCGAACGGGUACGGCAGGAAGGCCCUCGUCUCGGCCCUGCAGGAGCUCCGACCAGUUUAUCGAGCGUACCCUGCUCAGGACCCGCCCGCCGCCGCCGAUGCUGGUGGUGCUCCUCCCGCCGCCAAGCCAAAGAAGAGCCGCCAGAAGAAGCCGCUCCCUCCACCGCGACAGGUCGACACCCUCCGCAACCGCACCAACGUCCACGGCGCCUUCACUGGCAUGACAGCGCCGUCAAAGAAACUCGCCGCGCGGGCUGUCAAGGUCAAGAAGGCCGCAAAGGAGGAAGAGGAGGCGGAAGCGGACGAAACGGACGUCGACGAGGACGAGGAAGACGAGGGAGGCGGCCCGAUGGAAAAGGGAGCCCCGGGCGGAGCGGGACCAGGCGAGGGUCAGGCGAGGGAUGAGGUAGGGGAGGGAUCGAGCGCGCACGAAUGCGAAGAACAUGAGGAGGAGCCUGUCAUCGGAGGAGACGGGAUCGAGGAGCAGCAGCAGGACAAGGCGGCCUGGUCGCCGCCGCGCUUUGUGACGGCUGCCGAGCUCUCUGAUCUCGUCAAAAAGCGCUCGAACCUCGUCCACGAACUCGCCCAACUGUGCAAGACCCAGGAGCAGCUCAUCGCCGACCUCGAGUACGUCGAUUCACAAAUAGCCCACUUCACUCGCGGCUCGGUCGAUCGCCUCCUCCCCACCGACCCCGAAGACCCUCUCUCCCUCCGUCAGAACGCCCUCAUCGUCCGCUAUCAGGUCCAAGAGGCGAAGGAGACGGACAGGCGGCGGAGGAAGGCAGACCUGCGGGGCGAGGGAAUCUUCUCUGCGAACCGACAGGACGACUUCUCCUCCCGCACGGCCAAUCAGUACAUCGAUUCAAACACGCCCAACGAUGACCAGGAUGCCGCCGCUGCGCCGCCGAAGCGCAGGCGACUCGACCUGGCCGUACCGUCCGACGAGCUCGACAUGAUUGAGGCGUACAACUUUGCGGCUCAUCGAGACGCUUUCGUUGACCUGGACGAGCAGAAGGAGGCUGUCGUGCGAGGAACAGCUGGUGGAAGUGCUCGCUCGCCCGACGUCUCUCCCGUUCGACACGACGGCUCUCCCGUCUACGCCCCGACGAACACCUCAUCGCGCGCGUCCACGCCCGCCCCACCGUCGUCACGCGCCGUCGACCCCUUGUAUCCCUUUUCGUCGCCCGGUCGUUCCGUUCAUCGCCCGUCGUCGCCCGCUCCCUCCGCUUGCCGCUCUCACUCGCCUGGACCGGCGCACAACCCGUCCCCCUUGCCCGACCACCUCUCGCGCCUCGCCUUCUUCGGCGCCGACAAGCCUCGCCUGAACAACACGGUCGCGGAGGUGUUGUUGGACGUCUUCAUGGUGAGCGACUGGAUGAUGGGGCUACACGGGAUGCUGGAGAAGGAGGAGCGCAGCGAGGCAAGCUGGCGCGGCGCCGACGAGGAGGACGAAGAAAUGGACGACGGGUGGAAUGCGGAAGACGCAGGCUCGGCCAUCGACUACUGGAUGAACGACUGGUCGUCGUUCUCGAAGGAGGACGUCCUGCGGGCGCGCAACAACCGUUCGUGGACGGACGAAGCCUUCGCCUUCGCGAUCGGCCACCUCGAGCAGCGCCUCGAGCGAGUGCGGGAGUCGGACACGCCGGAUGAGGUGGAGCGUUGA